AAACAACGCACCACGAAUCCUCUGCGGAUGAGCCGGGUCUGGGGUCAGUUGCGACUCCUAGGCACAGCAUUGUUGAUGGUUUCUCUUUGGAGCAAAAGGAUGCUCUUCUAAGACCUCCCAUGCUGGCUGCCUGAGAUAGGCUGACAGCGCAGUCCAGGGUAUUUGUCUGUCCACUGGCUUCCGCACUCGAGACCGUCACAUCUUGAUCUUCAUCAUGUCGAGGAAUAUCUCAACAGGCUCAAUGAAGUCGAGACCCUCUGCUCUUCCCACGAAAUCCUUUACUCGCUACGAGCCUCCUGCUCCCUCCUCUUCCGCGGGUAGAAAUAGAGCCAGCACCAUCCAAUCCGUCACCUCUCUGAAAUCCCCAAAGAAGCAGGACUCUUCUCCGGAAGACAUCUUCGAAAAGCCUAUAAAUGAGGAAGAUGAGCCCGCAUCCCCAGACCUGGGACGGGUCAACAGCCUUCCCGAUCGGUUUGACGAAUUGCCCAUAGAGUUGGCAAGCCUGACCGACAGAUUCAUUGAGUCCCUCAGUGCUAAAAUAUACAAUGAGCCGCCGACGAUCGAACAGCUGUCGGAACUGUUUCAGGAAUUCUAUGCUCGGGCAUCUGGAGCAAUCUCCAUUCACAUUUCCGCGCUCAAAUCCCGCCUUCAUCGAGACCAUUCGCCUACACCCUCGAAACCUUCCUCGCGCUCCAGACCUCUGCAAACCAAACCUUCAAGUGAUUCUCUGGGACCAUUGGACCAAAGAGGAAGCUCCCAGCAGAUGCUGACGGCUUCCGAGGUCACGGAGAGACGCAAACAGAGAAAACUGUUGGAAUACAAGAGGAUCGUCCUAGAAGAGGCAGUGGAGAAAAGAGUAUGCGAGAAGGUCUAUGACAAAAUAUGGAGACACAAAAGUACCCUGGAUGAGGUCAGAGACGAGAAGCUGAGAUCGAAAACAGCAGCAUUAGCAUUGGUAGGGAUAGGCCUGAAAGACUUGGGUAUUGAUUGGAGCGAAGACACUGAAAAGUCGGUCGAAGACGUUCAAGCUUCACUGGCUCCCGCGAGAGAGAGCCUGGCUAAGAUGAAUGAAGAGCAUUAUCCGCUAGGGAAGUUACAACACCUCACCACCGCCCAUAAGGCCGUUGUGGACACUCUGUAUUCAAUACACCCGUCCUCAUCCUCUGCCGACGAGAUCCUGCCGACUCUGAUUUACACCUUGAUCACGUCCCCAGUUGAAGGCAUCAACAUUAUUAGCAAUCUUUAUUUCAUCCAGCGAUUCAGAGCGGCACCAAAGAUCGACGGCGAGGCCGCUUAUUGCCUCACAAAUCUGGAAGCUGCUAUCACCUUUCUGGAAGAUGUCGACCUAGCGAGCCUGAGGGCGGAUGAACUGCCAGAAGGCCCCAAGAAGGCUCCCUCCCAGUCAGAAGGAGACGGUGGCUCGGAUAAGCUUGAAGCCUUUCCCUUGUUGCCAGAAUCGGUCCCUGCACCCUUGUCUCCGACAACAGCCACUUCGACGUCCAAUGCUACGGGCACAGCAAUCCAAACAAGUCAAACUUCGUCGAUCGUCAAAUCCCUUCCCGGAAAGUCCACGCCUACUCCCUCUACACGACAUCAACGUACAUUCUCGGACCUUCUCCAGCCCAUAAGCAACGCGAAUGAAGCCGUUCGCUCCACGGCAGAGGAAGGCUUCAAAAACAUCUCCAAUAGCCUAGACAACAGCUUUAAAUUUCUCCUUGGCAAAUUGAAGGAACGAGGCACCGAAGGUCCCAACACUGAAGUUAUCCUUCCCAAGACGCUGGACGAGGCCAGGCAACUUGUUAGUCGGCCGUUAACCCCGGACGAAGACGACCAUGCUCUCAGCGAAUCAAGCUCCGUACAUGAUGGGCAGACUAGCCCAAUGCCCUCCAGUUUGACAAAGACCGAAGAGAAACUCCUAGGCUUGUUAGGAGGACGAAAAGCAGCUGUCCGGGAGCGAAGUGUGGACAGCGUGAAGAGCAAUGGAAGCGGCACCGGAAAAAGAGUGGGCUUCCUUCCAGGAAACACGAAUUCGCCUCCAAAUGGUCCUUCUACAACACCAGCAAGCGGACCUCCGCAAAAACCCACGCCACCAGCAACACAACCGACGACCACCAAUCCCCUCGAGACGGUGAAGAAUUUUGGCACCAGUCUCAAUCCAAUGAGCCACAUAGGUUCUGCAUUUGGUGGUGCAUUUGGACGGUUUGGUGGCAGGGCAGUUGCUGCUUCAGCUUCUCCUCCAGCCUCACAGACCCCUCCUACGCCAACGAUAGUUGUGGCCCAGGAGCACAAGGAAGAUUCACCAGAGGGGAAAAUCAAACACGAAGCCGCCUUGCGAUCGCCCGAUCACAAUGAAUUGGUGGCUAUAAAGGCCGCGCCGCCCAUUACAAGAUUCAUGAAGCUGGCUGAUGCGAAAGAAUUAAGGCUUGGCGAGGUGCAAGAAUUGCUUGGUGAUUAUCAGCGGCUGGCGAAAGUGUUGGGAAAGCUGGUAAUGAAGGCUCAGAACGAUGCUGAGACGGAGGCAGGUGAGGCAAGCGACACGGCUGAGGCUGAGCCACAUGCGACCACAAGCGAGAGAAGCAAAAGUUGAGGGCUGUAAUGGCUGCCCUCUAUCUUUAUCCACCAGAACAUUUGAAGCCGGUCUCAAGCGAUUGACUCAUUGAGUCCCUUUUUGCCAGACGCAGGCCUCGGCAGCGACAGUGUGCGGAAUCUCACAACACUGCCCAAACGGCGUUGUUGAUGAUACAUUUCUCAAUCCUCCUCCCGAACCAGUGCGGCAUUUUGCAAAAUCGGCAUCCCUGACUAGGCAACUACCCGGCUUUCCCAUCGACUAGAGGAGAGCAGAACCUCAACAUCAUCAUCGGAGCUGUACAGCAAAUGCUCGUCAUGAGAUUCGAACCCCAACACCCUGAGAGGUGGUUCCUUCGACAUGACAAUCACGUCCGAAGACGGAACCGUUAGAGCGACUGGCCACUCCGUGUCUCCGAGAGAUGAGACGAAUUCAAGCCGCACUCCCUCCUGCAAGAGGAAUUAAUGCUAGGUCCAAAUCGGGAGUGGUCAGGUCAUAGAUGGAGCAAGUAGGGAAUCCUUCCAACAGCCCUGAUAGCUUCACAGUUAGUCGGCGGGUCCCUGGUACCCGGACAGACAGAACAGAUAUAGACAAUCUGGAAGUAGCAAACUCCAGCGAAAUCAAGCCGAAUUUCACCUUCUGUUGUACGCAUAUCUUCUUAGUCGCUCGAUAUAUAUCUCCUGUGCGUGGGGAAGGGCAUAAACAACAUCGCUACAGAGAGGAGUAGUUUG